AUGUGGUGGCACCACAGGGAAGCACCAAGCUGCUAGCCAUCAAGGCACCAGCUGAAUUUCCUAAAAUGUUGUCUUCUAGCUCUCCCUUAGCAUCCACAAAGAAAGGUGAGAGUGCAUCUAGUACUAACCUCAAGGAUGCUUCAAAACCUUCUGCUGAAGACAUGAGGAUGUUCAUGGCAAGAAAAACUGUGGUUUCAUUUCCUCAGCGAGUAGUUCUUUCUUCUCUUGAGGAGGAGGACCUCACUACACCUGCAACAGAAGGAGGCUUGAGGAAAGAGUUAGUUGAGGAAGAAACUUCAUCCAGUUCAGAUUCAGAUUCUAGCUCAGAUUCUGAGGAAGAAAACGAUGAUUCAGAAGUUGCCAUUAAAAGCAAAGCUGAGUUUCCAACACGAAAGUCCACCUUUUCUGAGAACACAGCUGUAAAGGCAUCAAUGCUAGCAAAAGAGAACUCAUCCCAGAAAUCUUACAAAGAAUACAUAGCUAAGAAGAAGCCAGGCAAAACAGACACUCCUAUCAAGCAGGUUGCAUUUUCUAAAACAUCAGACAGCCAUGAAACAUCAAAACCCAAAGCAAGAGACCCCGAAGUAAAGUCAACUCCAAAAGCAGCAUAUCGACCUAAGGAGUUCUUGGAACCCCAUAUGGUUGAAGGUCAAGACCUGACCGUUGUCACUUGUAAAUCUGAUUACAUGGAGGAUAAGUCCAUUGGAACCCAAGUAGCAGCUAUUCAGCUGAAAGCUUCGUCAGGGACUCAGGAAGUCAAAAAGCAAAAACUGGUAUCCAGGGGCAAAGAAAAAAAGGUGAAGCAGCAACAGGAGUCAGAAGCAGAAAUAACUGCUCCUAAAUUAGAAAAACAGACUUCUGAAAACACAGUGUUGGUGACGGAUGCUACAGCAGAAGAGGAGGCCGUUCAGGAAACAGGAGUCCAGGCUGGAGAAAGCAGCACAACAGAGGAGACCACAGCAGCUGCUAAACCUGCUCCAGAAGAAUUCGAUAAUUCUACCUACAAGAACCUUCAGCAUCACGAAUAUAACAUUUACACCUUUGUUGAUUCUGUUGUGGUUCUCUCAAAGUUCAGGCAGCCUCAGCCGUCUUCUGGAAGACCAUCACCAAGGCACUGA